GGGCCAAGCGGGGCUGGCGCUCUGACCGCACUGCGGCGCGCCGGAAGCAGCCUGGGCCACAGUGCCGAGGGUGGGCGGCUGGUCCGUGGGGCCGGCGCCACCAUGCCUGUCACCAGGAAGACUUUCCGUCGGCGACGAGCGGACUCGGAGUCGGAGGAAGAUGAACAGGAUUCAGAGGAGGUUAGAUUAAAACUGGAAGAGACCAGAGAGGUGCAGAACUUGAGGAAGAGGCCCAACGGGGUGAGUGCUGUGGCCCUGCUGGUGGGAGAGAAGAUACAAGAAGAGACCACUUUAGUAGAUGAUCCCUUUCAAAUGAAGACAGGUGGUAUGGUGGAUAUGAAGAAACUGAAGGAAAGGGGCAAAGAUAAGAUCAGUGAAGAGGAAGACCUUCACCUGGGGACUUCGUUUUCUGCAGAAACCAACCGAAGGGACGAGGAUGCAGACAUGAUGAAGUACAUUGAGACAGAGCUGAAGAAGAGGAAAGGGAUUGUGGAACAUGAGGAACAGAAGGUCAAACCAAAGAAUGCAGAGGACUGUCUUUAUGAACUUCCCGAAAACAUCCGUGUUUCCUCAGCAAAGAAGACCGAGGAAAUGCUUUCCAACCAGAUGCUGAGCGGCAUCCCUGAAGUGGACCUUGGCAUUGAUGCUAAAAUAAAAAAUAUCAUUUCCACGGAGGAUGCCAAGGCUCGUCUACUGGCAGAGCAGCAGAAUAAGAAGAAAGACAGUGAGACAUCCUUCGUGCCUACCAACAUGGCUGUGAAUUACGUGCAGCACAACCGAUUUUAUCAUGAGGAGCUCAAUGCUCCCAUACGGAGAAACAAAGAAGAGCCCAAAGCCCGACCCUUGAGAGUGGGUGACACAGAGAAGCCAGAGCCUGAGCGGUCCCCUCCUAACCGCAAACGCCCUGCUAAUGAGAAGGCCACUGACGACUAUCACUAUGAAAAGUUCAAGAAGAUGAACAGGCGGUACUGAGACUGGCAGACUGUGAUGUAAAUAGCACCUUUAACUCCCUCCUUCCCUCCCUCCCUUCCUUCCCUCUCUCCCUCUCUCUCUCCGUUUCCCUCUGUCUGUCUCUCCCCCUCUCUCCUGAAGCCUGCUUGUAUGCUAGCAGACAGUUUCAAAAACAGACUCGAAUUAGUCCUGCUGCUUACCUGCUGGAUUACCCAAGCACUAAAUUUGUAACUUUUUGAAACAAAACAACAUUUAGUUUUCCUAUUUGGGGGCAAACUCUAUCAUGAGAAUUAUUAAAUCUUGUUUGUAAUAUGUUGACUUCCUCUCAAUAUUUGUUUUGAGUCAAGAGGAAACAACUGUGUGUUCAUGGUGUGAUGACAUCCUUUAGAUAGUGCUUUUGUUAGGCAAUCACGUCUUUCACAUAUUUUAAAUGGGGGGUCACAAAUCCUUCCUGAUUGUUCAGGGUAGGUCCAGCUGACAGCAGAAAAAUCUAGGAUGAGAACAAAGGGAUACUGGCAUUUUCUGACUUUUACAAAGUUAUCUGUUUCUUUAAAAGAGAAAAAAAGCAAAAACUACAUUUCUUACCACUUCAAGAAUUGAAUUAUUAAAUAUGAGAUGAAUCUAA